AUGUCGUCGCCGUCGCCAGAAAUUUUGGGAAGCAUUGACAGCACGCUAGGCGCCGUUUUCAUUGGAUUUGCGCUCGCGUGCUGUGUGUAUGGGAUUUUGGUCUCCCAGACCUUCUCCUAUUUCCGAAAUUACCCUGGCGAUAGGACUCUCUUUAAAUUGACUCGGAGGUCGUCUGCCUUGCUUAGCUUGAUCUUGAUUAGGAUUUUGGAGACGGCAGAUCAAGCGUUCAUUGGUCAUCUUGUGUACUAUUACAGCAUAUCCAAUUAUGCGAAACCGGUGGUGCUGCUCAGAGCAACGAUGACUUGGUCUUUGAUUGUGAGGAUUUGUAGCCUUUUCUUCAACCCUUAUAUCCUAACCAUCUACAUCCUUGCCAUCGUUGGUGCCAUUGUAAAAUGCUAUUUCGGCCUCAGAGUUUGGAGAUUUAGCGAACACAACUUCUUCAUCACGGGCUUGAUUCUCUUACUCGCAAUUGGUCAACUGGUCCACAAGCUCCAGACACUUGGGACGAUAUCACUCGGAUGCGGUGUUCUUACGGACGUUAUUACGGCGGGCGCCUUGUGCUUCUUUUUGCAACGUUUGCGAACGGGGUAUUCACCAUCUGACAGCCUUGUGACUAGCUUGUGCAGUUACGCGAUUAAUACUGGUGUUCUGACUAGCACUGUCAGUAUGGCCACAUUAAUCUUGUAUAAUGUGAUGCCGCCAAGCAAUCUUUAUUUCGUAGCAACAUACUUCGUUCUCAGCAAAUUGUAUGCGAUUUCAUUUUUGGCCACACUCAACACACGACGAAUUAUCCGUAAUGGCCGGGGAACAGACCGUCAAGGUGCGACGACCAACAACACUAAUAUGUUCCACCUUGGUACUCGAUUGCCGAGCAUGGGUCCAGCUGAACUAGGACAAUGGGAUAAGGUUGACCACCCUGAUAUGCCCAUAAGCGAGGUGCCGUUCAACAGUUACUACCCAGGCGCAAAGUAG